GAUUUAUAAUUAAAUUCAUGAUCAUUGAUUCUUGGAAAAGCCAUCAAGUAUAGUGUGUAUAAUAGGCAGUAACAAGUUUAGCAGGAACUGCACUGCAGUUGCUAUCGAUCAGUGUUACCUCUAGAGUGUACAGUCUACAAUAAUGAUAAGGAUGAAUGUUUCUCAUCGCUAUUGGAUUCGUAUUCUCAUUAUAUUGAUGCUUUUUCCCUUACUCCUAUUGCUAUUUCCUCCUGUUGUUGUUGCAUUGUCAAUAGGCAUUGGUGCAUACUGUAUUUAUAGAUUUUUGACUAGUUCUGAUAACAAUGCUGAACUUAGAAAUGCCAUUAAAGAGAAAGAGAUUAAAAUUGCCAGGCUUAAACAAGAGACAGAUGAGUUAAAAGAAAGAAUACCUCAGCCAGAAUAUCCAACAGCUCUUGGGAAAAAAAGGGAUGAAUUACUUAAAAAAUACACGGUCAAAAAUUUUGAAGAUUCAUUCAAAAAUGUUACUGGAUGCUUGCUAGAGCUUGUUCUAGUUCACUGUCAAAGCUAUGUAGAGGUACCAGAGGAAUCUGUAGUUACCAAGCCAAUGGAGGAAUCUAAUGGGAAAUUGAUAAACGUAAUCAAAAAAGAUCAUAUUCAGAAAGAUUAUUACAGAGCCUAUGGUCUAUUGCUUAGUGCUUGCAUUAAAAGUGUUCCUCAUCCAAAAAAAGAAAAAAAGCAAAAAGAUCUUGCAAAACAAGUGUUAGCUAAAAUUCGAUCAAAUCAAGAGUAUAAAUUUGUUAAAGGUGUACAAAUUGUUGAUGAAUUUGUCAAUGCAUCUUUAGAGCUAACACACUCAAUGCUAAUACUGCUACCUCCUCUACUCCUCAUACAACCUCAAUGGCAGCAUGAUGAUGUACAGGACACCAAUAGGAAGACAUGGGAUGAAUCAUUGUGCAGUGACGAUGAUACUGAUUUGAUAUAUUAUCGUCCUGUUUUGGUCCAUGGCAAUCAAUUGCAAGUAUCUGUUAGAGGACUAGUAGGAAACACAACAACUGCCAUUUACUGAUCCUGCAGCAAAUAUGAAGUGUAAAAAAGAGACUCCAUUCUUACCUUAGUAUAAUAUAAUCAAGAGUAGAUCUACUCUUGAUAUAAUAAUAGACAGUCUAGCAGUAGUGUUUUAUUUUAGAAUA